GAAAGACACCUGCUUGUUUUGAAAGUAAUUUAAUUGGAAAAUCUGUUUACAUGUGACCCCGUUAUCUGUAGUGCUAAACUUGUUUGUCAACAGAAAGUUGUUGCAAUUUGAUAAUGUUGGAUACUAACUCUGAGGAAAUACGAUGACAUUCCAUGUAAGAAGAAACAAGUCAUUAGCUCUCUUCAGUGUUGGCUUUAUUGUUUUGUUAAUUGUGUAUCGUGAAGUGAAAAGGGAAUAUGUCAUAUCCAACCUUGAGUCCAGACUUGCUGCCCUUGAACCCAGGAGGCCAGGGAGAUAUGUCCUUGAAAUGAUGGACAAACAGGCAGCAAAUUUCAUCGAUUUUGAUGACAACACAAUACUCCUUUACAACCGUGUGCCAAAGACCGGCAGUACCUCAUUUGCGGGGAUCGCAUACGAGCUUUGCUACAAAAACAAAUACCAUGUGCUGCAUGUGAACAUUACCAAAAACUCACACCUGCUCUCGGUCAGGGACCAGUUGAGCUUCAUCCACAACAUUUCUGAGUGGACAGAGCGGAGGCCGGCCCUGUACCAUGGACACUUCUACUUUAUGGACUUAAAAAAGUUGGGGUUGUCAGAUGGGGUGCCAGUCUACAUCAACAUCAUUCGUAACCCCCUGGAUCGCCUUCUGUCUUACUAUUACUUCAUGCGAUACGGGGACAACUUUCGGCCGCAGGUCAAACGCAGGAGAAUGGGCAGUGACAUGACCUUUGACGAGUGUGUGGAGCAGGGACAGAAGGAUUGUGACCCAGUCAACCUCUGGCUGCAGAUCCCAUUCUUCUGUGGACAUUCCUAUAGAUGCAGACAGCCAGGCAGUCGUUGGGCCCUGGACAUGGCCAAGUACAACCUGAUCAACCACUACCUGCUGGUUGGGAUCACUGAGGAGCUGGGAGACUUCAUAGCCAUGCUGGAGGUCAUACUGCCUCGCUUCUUUCACGGCGCCAUGGAGCUCUACCUCAGUGGAGAGAGAUCCCAUUUACGACAGACAAACAAGAAGGAAUCGCCCAGUGAGGGGUCCAUCAAGAAGAUCCAAGAGUCCACUAUAUGGAAGAUGGAACAGGAAUUCUAUGAGUUUGCCUCCAUCCAGUUCCAUUUCCAGAAACGUUUGUUGUUCCAAGCGGUUGACAGCCUGGAACCUGGAGAAAAUAUAUCAGAUCGGAAGAGUUACCUACUCUCUGAUGGGAAGUUAUAUGUACCUAAAGAAGUUCAAAUUCAUUACGAGAAGGUUCGGCCCAGAUGAUAGGGGCUUUCCUGCUGUGAUAUGUCAUAAUGAAUAACCUCUGAAAGUGUAUAUUGAUAUUGUUGUUGAUUCUGGUGCUUUCUUUGAUGUUUUUAAUGAUUUGUUCAGUAAUACAAUAUCUGCAAGUCAUGAUCUAGUGGACUUAAGGCAUUCUUGAACUGAGAAUGAGGUGACCACGCAAUAUGGGAAAAAAAUCUGGGAAAGGUAGUGGGCACAUUUCCUGGAACCCACAAAUUAGUGAUAUUGACCAAAAAGUAGCAGUGAAAAUAAGAACCAAUUAAAGAAACAUAGUAACAAUAGGAUCUGUACAGCAAGGGAAUCAUUAAAAAAUAAUAAUUUGUUUUUCAGAAAGUGACUUGAAUCUUUAUUGUUGACAACUUAACUGUGUUCUUAAUGUGGCUUUCAAAAUUCUACGCAAAAUCUAUAGCUUUUGGUGCAUUUAUAAAAUAGAAAACUGCCACUUUAUGAUGAAGAACUGGCAUAUAAUAUGCUCACACAAUUUUCCUUUCAUAUAUGUAACAUCUGUGCAAAAUAAUGUUUUAAAGUUAAUCCAAUUAUGUUCUCGCGAUUAAUGGGUAAUUCACUCACUAACAAAAUUUGUUGAUUUGUGGUACUUGUAUUCGUUUGGACAUUUCAGUAGUUUUACAUGUUGAGUUGAUUAAGAAAUUGUUCAAUAGAUAAAUGUAAUUGACAUGAUAGACUUAUUUGUAUGCCCCCGGAUCAAAUUAUCGGCGGUAUAUUGUUUUUGGCCUGUCUGUCUGUCUGUCUGUCUGUCACUCUUGUCAUUCUGUCCCAAACCUUGGUUAAAGUUUUUGCGAAAACUUUUGCAAUAUUGAAGAUAGCAACUUUAUAUUUGGCGUGCAUGUGUAUUCUCAUGGAGCUGCACAUUUUGAGGUGAGAAAGGUCAAGGUCAUCCUUCAUUUCAAAGGUCAAAUAUAUGGCUUCAAAGCGGUGCAAUAGGGGACAUUGUGUUUCUGACAAACAUAUCUCUUGUUUGUUUGUAUAUUUUGAUAAACAAUAGCAGAAUACAAAGAUACCACAGUCUAUUAUUCUCUACUGAAACUAUUUUUAACCAGGUUUUCCGAAGGUUAUUAGAUUGGCGAAUGCGGGCGGGCUGGCUGGCUGGCGGGCUGGCGGAAUAAGCUUGUCCGGGCCAUAACUAUGUCGUUCAUUGUCAGAUUUUAAAAUCAUUUGGCACAUUUGUUCACCAUCAUUGGACGGUGUGUCGCGCGAAAUAAUUACGUCGAUAUCUCCAAGGUCAAGGUCACACUUUGAGUUCAAAGGUCAAAAAUGGCCAUAAAUGAGCUUGUCCGAGCCAUAACUAUGUCGUUCAUCGUCAGAUUUUAAAAUCAUUUGGCACAUUUGUUCACCAUCAUUGGACGGUGUGUCGCGCGAAAUAAUUACGUCGUUAUCUCCAAGGUCAAGGUCACACUUUGAGUUCAAAGGUCAAAAAUGGCCAUAAAUGAGCUUGUCCUGGCCAUAACUAUGUCAUUCAUUGUGAGAUUUUAAAAUCAUUUGGCACAUUUGUUCACCAUCAUGGGACGGUGUGUCCCACGAAAGAAUCACGUCAAUAUCUCCAAUGUCAAGGUCGCCACGACUAAAAAUAGAUUAAAAAAAAAAAACUUACAAAGGGGGUUAAUUUUUUUGGUCAUUUCAAAAGUUCAGUUUGAGUUUUCUCCCUUUAUCAGAUUUUUUUUUCACAAUGAAAACCUGGUUUUGUGACAAUUUUGUCCCUUGUUGUAAUUGUUAUAAUAUUUUACAUUUUAAUAAAUUUUUAUUAAUAUUUAAGUUUUAUUUGUAGGUGCAAAUAUAACAUGGUGACUUAUUUUGUAUGAUACAAUAUGAAAUAAUUUUACUCAAAUUGCAUGCAUAGUAAUUGUCUUGUUGUUAUAACUUUUCAUGUGAUCAUUUGCUUCAUGAUGUUAAUUGUACAUCUGACUCUAUAUCUGACUGUGUUGUAUAUUAUUACUGGUUGUGUCAUCGUUACAUAAAAAAGGCUUGUGCAUUUUAUAUGCGAGUAUCUUUCUCCCGGUGUCUUUUUUACUGAAAUGUGUUGCUAACCAGUGAAACGUUAAACAAUCUUAGCUUUUGAGUCUGAUUUUUUAUGCCCCCAGAUCGAAAGAUCGGGGGUAUAUUGUUUUUGGCCUGUCUGUCUGUCAUUCCGUCAUUCUGUCAUCAAAACUUAAACCUUAAAGUUUUGCAAUAACUUUUGAAAUAUUGAACAUAGCAACUUGAUAUUUGGCAUGCAUGUGUAUCUCAUGGAGCUGCACAUUUUGAGUGGUGGAAGGUCAAGGUCAUCCUUCAAGGUCAAAGGUAAAAUAAAACAAAAAAAAACUUAAACCUCAUGGAGCUGCACAUUUUGAGUGGUGAAAUAUCCAGGUCAUCUUUCAAGGUCAAAGGUAAAAAAAAAGCGGCGCAUUAGGGGGCAUUGUGUUUCUGACAAACACAUCUCUUGUUUGUAACUAUCAAGAGUGUGUGGUUGUGAAAACAAAUAGUUGUUUGUUAAUGCAAGUUGUUCUUAUGUGUAUUUUUUUUUCUAAUGAAAAAAUUACAAAACUAUGAAUAACAAUUAUGGAAUUCAUCUACCAGGGACCAGAAUUUUAUUUGUAUUAUUUCAUUAUUUUAACCUUCAUCUUGAAAGAAAUAAUCAAAUAUAUUAUGUGUAAUCAGUCAGUUUUGAAGCAUUUGCAUCAAUAUUUUUAUAUUAUGCAAAAUUUCAAUUGCAAAUUUUGAUUAUUUCAAAUUGUAUUUCUUAUCAGAAAUUAUAAAUGAACAAAAAAGUUAUUUAUAUCUUGGCCAAUAAGAUCCUUUUCUGAAGCCUUGCCCGGCUUUUGUUAUGUUUUCAUUUAUUACUACAUGGAUUGAUUUUUAUAUACUGCAAAAACACAUAAACAAAGUAGUGACAUUCAGAGCACAAACUAAUUUUAAACACAUUUUUUAUUUUAAAUAAAACAAAAACAUUUUAAAAAGUUGAAAUUGUGUUAAUGUCUUCACCUUGUGAAUCCACUUACUUUCACUUUCACUUUGUAAACCAUGAAAUGCUCUGAUUUGGUUAAUGAAGGGUUGCCAGAAGAAGGAGGUCAUGGUCAGAUACUUGGUCUAGUUGAUGCAUAUUUUAGUAUUAGAGGAAGAUUUUGCUAAAACCUUUAACCUACCUCAGUGUGUACUUUUCAAUUGUAAAUAGUAAGUGAACAGCAUUUAUUUCUAUAGCAUUUAUCUGUAGUUAUAGUUGAUUGUUAAUUAAAAAUAAAGGUGUUGAUUUGACACUUGUACUGUGAUUUGAGGUAUACUCUUGAGUACUGAUGAAGACAAAAUACCAGAACUGUCCCCCAUAAUAUACAAGUCAAUAACAACAUCACGACUUUCUUUUUGCCAGUUAUUGGGUACAGUGCUAUGGCACUUUUGAAAAUACCUUUAGAUAUUGUUUUCAUCAAAUUUUUAAACUGGGAAUAAAUGGAUUGAAUAACUUUCCCAACUAAUAAUUGUUUUCCAUCAAAUUUUGAGUCUUUCAUAUGAAACAUUGAAGAUACUGUGUACUUAUAGUUUCUUUUACACAUGGCUCUAAAAAAAGACCUAGGGUUGGCUCAUGCAUUGGCGGCUUUCUGUAUCUGCCUUAAAGAAACAAAUAAGCCUUCUGGAUGUAGGGGGGGGCAUAUGGGAAUAAACAUGUUUCACAUACAGAUUUUCUUUUUUUUUUGAAGUUUCACAAAAGUUUAUAAUAUUUUUGACCAAGGUGCUGGUAUGUUGCAAACAGACAUCUUAAUAUACUUGAUCUCAAGUAGAAUAGCGUGAAACUGAUUUAUGUAAUCUACUUUGUGUUUUCAUAUUAUUGAUUUUGGCAGCAUAUACUUGUGUACAUGUAAAAGACAUUAAAAUGUAUCUGUGUUUUUUUCGCUUGACUACCACUUAGUUAACCCUUUCAGUGCGGGAACCAAAUUUUAAAGGCCUAUGCAAACAGUUUGGAUCCAGAUGAGACGCCACAGAACGUGGCGUCUCAUCAGGAUCCAAACUGUUUGCUAUUCUGAUAAUAUUCUUUGAAAAAAAUCGAAGAAAAUGCUAAUUUUAGAAAUUAAGCAGACAACAUUUUAGCAGACGACAAAUUUCCCAGCGUGCAAAGGGUUAAAGUUAUUGUUCUCGCCAAACUCUGGUGUUGCAGUCUUUUUACGCAUUUUUUUAGUGCUCUGAUUAGAUUAAAUUUGUCGUCUGCUAAAAUGUCGUCUGCUGAAUUUUUUAAAAUAAGCAUUUUCUUAGAUUUUUUUCAAAGAAUACUAUCAGAAUAGCAAACAGUUUGGAUCCUGAUGAGAUGCCACGUUCUGUGGCGUCUCAUCUGGAUCCAAACUGUUUGCAUAGGCCUUUAAAAUUUGGUUUCAGUGCUGAAAAGAUUAGCCAGGCAACUUUUCUAUAUGACUGCUUCUACUACAGGUAUUUUAAACUUUACUCAUUUAAGCGGGUCUAUUGGCUUGUGGUAUGUUAACAAGUUCUAUCACUCUUACCUGCAAUUUAGAAGAAUUUUGGUCCCUUUUGUACUAAGAUAUUUAACUAAAGUGCAAUUUAUCUUAAAACUGUUUAUACUAUAUUUGUUCAAUUGAUUCAGGCCCUCUUGUAGUUUAUGCUUUAAAUGUCAAGUCUGUUGAAUGGCAGUGGUUUGUUGCAAAUGUAUAUAACGUGUCAAGUUGAGUACCAAUAUUCAUUGGCAAACAGUAUUUGUUAAUAAUUCAAUGUUGUUGAUACUUUAACAUUAAUGUUUUAAGUUUGAAAAUGCAAUUAAUCGUGUAUUCAUCAAUUCAUUAUCAUAGCUUAAUUGAUUUGUCAUUUUUGUGUACAAAUUAAUUAGUUACAGUUAAAGUGUAUAUAAACAAUAGUAUACCAAAGAACCUUCUUGUAAUACGCUUUUAGAUACUGUAGAUAUUUGAAAUAUGUGAACAGCUAAUAGAUAUAAUCAAAGAAAACAAAACUGGUACAUAUUUGGUGUUUAGCGUUAAACUGAUGCGUAGUAUAUGAUUUAAAUACUAAACAUUGGGAAUAUUAUAUGAGUGUAAUGUUGCAUUGGGUUGUAUUGCACUAGUUGAUUGUGGCACAUUGUAUUUGAAAAGACAUGAAAUAUUUUUAUAUAAUUGAUUAUGAUGUAAAACAACACUCUAGUUACCAAUAAAACAAAGAAUUAAUUUUAAACCUAAAAAUAAAUUAUAUCGACCUAUUCAAAUUUCUCCAUGCUAUGCAAGCGUCUUUUAUUUAAUGCUUCUGUAACGUUCAUCACGAAAUUAGUGGAUGUCAUUAUUCCAGUGAAAUUCUCCAAUUUAAGUCUUUAAAUUUAAAUAACAGUGGAAAAAGCAUCAUAGCAGCUGAGUUUGUGUGUGCAUGAUAUUACAUGAACAGAAAUAUAUGGCAUGCAAUGAAAAACAGUUUAAUGGAAAAAGUUGCAAAAUUACAUUAUUGAAACAAACUUCAUUUUGCAUUCAUGUGUAUAUAAAACCAUUGUAACAUACAUAAUUAUCAUGUUAAUGAAGUAACUGAAGAUGAUUGUGGUGCUGUUAUAUAUGUCAGCAUAGGUCUUAUUCAUACAAUAAACAGUUUCCUUCUUGUCAUCUAUAAGAAGCUAAUUUUAAAACUAACCUCUUUUCUUUAUGUUUUUGUGUAAAAAUUGUAAGGUUUGGAGAAAAGGCUGUUAGUGUUUACUGAUUGAUGUUAAUUUAAUUAGGUAUUAAUUGUAGAAUAGUGGACACUAGUUGACAUUUACACAAAAGUAGUAUUAAUUAAAGGCUCAAUGUUAGAAGGGGUCAGUCUUUUACAUAAAACUAAUGAUGUCACAGGUUUGCAUUUAUUUAAUUUUUUUGUUAGCCUGAAGGAGACAUUUGAGUCACCGCAUCUCAACUUUGUGCAUAUUUAUUAUGUUUAAGUUGAAAUGAAUGCAUUUGUAUAAAUAUGAAUUAAUUAAAUGGAAAAGAUCUA